AAUGAUCUUCAAGUAAAUAAGACGCACCUGACUGUCUGCCUGUGACUAUGGAGAAUCAAAUAUUGUUUGACAUAAGAUCAGCUACAGAUGAUGGAUUUCUAACUGAAAUAUUACAUCAGAAUGUUCUUGAUAGUUCUGAAAACUUCAGUUUGGAAACCACAGUAAUUAAUAAUCCUGUUGAAGAAGGAUUGCCAUCCAGUCAAGGCAAUCAGUUAUACGCUAUAAAUGUGGAAGAGUCUUUGUUGGAUCACUUUGAGAAUCCUCUUUCCACUGAAAAUCAGAAUACAAUAGCAGUUGAAAUAUAUCCGCAUGGAAACAAUAGCUGUGACAAUGAAGAUCUUGAAAAAUACAAAGCAUUAAAUCUUCCAGAAGAAGCUGAUUAUACGCAUUCACCUUACCUGCCUUCAGAUGGUGACCAUUUCCUUUCUUCUGUAGUGACACAGCAUAAAAAUGGCAGUGUUCCAACUUCAAGUGUUUUCUCUUCAGCAGGAGCAGUCAAUCAAAAUGUUGGAGCCGUACCUGCGUUCAGAUCAUUAAUGCCUCCAGCUGAAGAUGAGAAUAACUGUAUUUAUUAUGAUCAGUUUAAAGGAAUCCAAAACAGUCCUAUGCAGUCAAAAAACUUGCCAGAUUGCUUUAAUGAAUGCUUCAGUGGUGUCUACGGCUUGCCUCAGACUAGUGCUUCUGUCUAUGAUGAAAUAACUGAAGUAAGAGAUGCAAUUAGAAAUGUUACGGAGAAUCACGAGGACGGAGCAAUUUUUCAGAGUUCAAAUACUGACGAGUCUAACUGCGAGUUAUUAGCACUGCAUGGUGUGACAGAGGAAUCUGGAUAUUUACACAGAAAUUAUUCCAGCCCCCUGAUGGUCUGCCAACUGGAAGGAGGUACUCAAAUGCUCUGUAUAAAGGAUUGUGGCACACAGGAUCUAAAAACAAUACAUCUCAUUCCACAGUAUGAAGACCAACGUCAUUAUCUUCAAUCUGAUGUGGGCAGCCCUGUAACAGCUGUACUGGGGCAGCUUUUGCCUGUUUCAGGUAACCUGGAUUCGAACAAACAAGAGUUUGAACAUGAAUACUUACAAUCAGUAGCUAGCACUUCCACUUUCCAACCAGAAUCGAAUCUGCAAGUGGAAAUGACUUCAGCUGGCCAACCUUUUGGUUCGGGGAUUACGAAGUCUAAGAAACCAUGUAACUGCACAAAAUCUCAGUGUCUUAAACUAUAUUGUGAAUGCUUUGCCAGUGGUGACUUUUGCAACAACUGCAAUUGCAAUAAUUGCUACAACAAUCCACUUCAUGAAACUGAGCGCUUUAAAGCCAUUAAGGUCUGCCUUGAUAGAAACCCAGAAGCUUUUCUACCAAAGAUUGGACAGAGCAAACUGGGAGAUAUUAAACCUCAUCAUAACAAAGGAUGUAACUGCAAGCGUUCAGGAUGUCUUAAGAAUUAUUGUGAGUGCUUUGAGGCAAAGAUUGCAUGUUCCUCUAUUUGCAAAUGCAUUGGUUGCAAAAAUUAUGAAGAAAGUCCAGGUAAAAAAACCCAGCUGACCACACUAAACUGCGUGGAUAUUGGAAAUAAUGAUGAAAAUAACCCAUUUUUGACAACAACAUUUGAAACUUCACCAAAAUUGGAGAAAGACAGGGAACCAGCUGUAUCUGUUUCUUUGGAAGAUGUGAAAGCAACAUGUGCUUGUCUUCUGGUGCAAGCUGAAGAGGCAGAAAAAGGAGGUUACUCUGUCCGUGUAGCUGAACGCAUGAUCAUGGAGGAAUUUGGGAGGUGUUUAUCCGAGAUCCUACAUGUGCAAUUAAAAGACUGAAAGUUGAAUAAUGUUCAGUGCAUUAUAAAGUCAAUGAGUAGUAAUACUGAUAUACUGUCAUAGUCUAAAUGAUCUUACCUUGAAUUUUCAUAGGACUAAUUUCACUGACCUCAGCUGCAUUCUUUCUGAAUUAUGCUGAUGUAAGUGAAACUUGGGGUUUUCUGGGCCAAUUGUUCAGUCUUUACAUAGACUGCAGUUUAAAGUAAAUUUAACUUAGGAUGAAUUUGUUGAAUGUUUAUGUGAGUGCAGAGCCAGUAAGCACUGAGAAAGAAGUUGCUAUCUUAGUUUGGUUGUUACUGGUUGUGAAACAGUUCGACUUCCAGCGAUGGCUGGCAAAUCUGCUGAUUUAGCUUUGUGUCUUCUCUGAUUUGGCAACUUAUUUCUCUCAUUGCUGCCAUAUCAUUAUGAUUGCUGCCAUGUCGUUUAGAUGAUAUAUAAAAAUUAUAUAAAAAUAUAUGAAAUUAUAUAAAAAUUAAUGCUCUUUAAUUUUGGAUGU